GGCCAGACGCUUGCAGGAUUCCUCGGAGCGCCCUCAGGGGCCGGCUCCGACCCGGGAAGCCCGGCGCUGGGAAAGGUCACCUGGCCCUCCGCCGGCGCCCCGCCUCGGUGCCGCCCCCCGGCGCCCCGCGCCCGCCGUAGCGAGCGGAUUAACCUCCAAGGGCGUUCUGCCGCUCGCCGGGGCUGCCGGCCCGGCCUGGGCCCGAGGUCGGGCUUCGCGCGGACCCCAAGACUUGUGCCCUUCCGAGGGAGCUUCGAUUAACAAUCAAGAUGGUUCAUGCUGAAGCCUUUUCUCGGCCCUUAAGUCGGAAUGAAGUUGUUGGUUUAAUUUUCCGUUUGACAAUAUUUGGUGCAGUUACAUACUUUACUAUCAAAUGGAUGGUAGAUGCAAUUGAUCCAACCAGAAAGCAGAAAGUAGAGGCUCAGAAACAGGCAGAAAAACUGAUGAAGCAAAUUGGUGUGAAAAACGUGAAGCUUUCAGAGUACGAGAUGAGUAUUGCUGCUCACCUAGUAGACCCUCUUAACAUGCAUGUUACUUGGAGUGAUAUAGCAGGUUUAGAUGAUGUUAUUACAGACCUGAAAGAUACAGUCAUCUUACCUAUCAAAAAGAAGCAUUUGUUUGAGAAUUCUAGGCUUCUCCAGCCCCCCAAAGGUGUUCUUCUCUAUGGGCCUCCAGGCUGUGGUAAAACGUUGAUUGCCAAGGCUACAGCCAAAGAAGCUGGCUGUCGAUUUAUUAACCUUCAGCCUUCAACACUGACUGAUAAAUGGUAUGGAGAAUCUCAGAAGUUGGCUGCUGCUGUGUUCUCCCUUGCCAUAAAAUUACAGCCUUCUAUCAUCUUUAUAGAUGAAAUAGACUCCUUUCUGCGAAACCGUUCAAGCUCUGACCAUGAAGCUACAGCCAUGAUGAAAGCCCAGUUUAUGAGUCUUUGGGAUGGGUUGGAUACUGAUCACAGUUGCCAGGUCAUUGUGAUGGGAGCUACUAAUCGUCCCCAGGACCUGGACUCCGCCAUAAUGCGAAGAAUGCCUACAAGAUUUCACAUCAACCAGCCUGCAUUAAAACAAAGAGAAGCAAUCUUGAAGCUCAUCUUGAAAAAUGAAAAUGUGGACAGGCAUGUAGACCUGCUAGAAGUUGCUCAAGAAACUGAUGGGUUUUCAGGAAGUGAUCUCAAAGAGAUGUGUCGAGAUGCUGCCCUCCUCUGUGUCAGGGAAUAUGUUAAUUCUACAUCAGAAGAAAGUCAUGAUGAAGAUGAAAUCCGGCCUGUACAACAGCAAGACCUUCAUCGGGCAAUUGAAAAGAUGAAGAAAUCGAAGGACGCAGCAUUUCAGAAUGUUUUGACACAUGUUUGUUUAGACUAAGAGUAAAGAUCAUUUGUACAGUUCAGUGAUCUAGUUGGGUGUGCCCUGUUACCAGUUAGUGCAAGUAGAGUGGAGGGAGUACUCUUAAAACAAGAGUCCCGGUUUAUGAUUUUAUGCUCUGAACUCUUAACUUAUUGAGGUACAAUUGUUACAUAAGUGGUAUUACACUUGUCAGAAAUCAUGAAGAGGAACAGUUUAAUCCAGCCCAAGUGUGGGUGCUUGUGUUUGACCUCUUUAGCCAUAUGUUGUCACAGCCUUACAGAAUCUAACCUGGUCUUAAAGGAGUAAAAGAUUUAUGGAGUCAUUAGUGAGAAGUGAGAUGUGGUUAGGUGCUGGUUCUAGAUAUGUAUGUCUGUGUACGUAUGUGUGUACAUUAAGUGUAUAUAUUCAUACAUUUUUUAUUGACAUUCUGUAGAUAUGUUUGAAUACAGAAACUUUUUUUUAUCCCAACCACUGAAUCCGAAAAUACCAAAUAGUAUAUAGCAAAACUAAGAUUUAAGUUUGUGUCUUAACAGGUAAAGUGAUGCAGCCACUUCUCAUUUGUUUUAGCCUUUUUUAGGUUGAGCAUUUCUCAGUUUGCAAUUAAUCAGUUGAAUCAGGCACAUCUGAGUAUAUAUAUAUAUAGUAUAUAUAAUAUAUAUAUAUAUAUUAUAUAUAUGUGGCUUAAUUAUAAUGAUUAUAAGGAUAAUCACAUAAAAAUGCUUGUUUAGGCAGACAUGGUCAGCACUGAUUUCCCCUUUUUCUGCAAGCACCUAAAUUAUUUUAAAAGAUAUUAUAUUGAUAUACAUGAAGGUGGAUUGAAAGCCUUUUAAAGGAAUGAGUUUGAAAAAUGUCAGCAUCCUUUAAGAUAUGUGUUUGACUUUGCUUCUUUUAUUGUAAUAGAUAGUUCUGUUGUAACCAUGUCUUUAAAAUGACAUUAAAAGUUAUGUUUUAUAAAUUAUGGACAAAUUUAAUUUGGUCACCAAAAAUGAAAUAGUAACUCUUAAGUACCUGUUACUAAAUGUGCUAAAAAUACUCAUUUUAUAACUUUAAUUUAAAAAAUUUUCUCAGCUUACUGUAAAUUGUGGCCUCUUUAAGUACAAAUGUUCAGAUCAAAAUUCACAUAUGUGUAUCAUUUGUGACUACAUUUGUGAAGUUACGUGUUCUACAUAUAAAAUAUUGCUUGUUUCAAGUUCCACUAACUAGAUUUCUGUUCUAGGCACCUCAACACCCAGCAUGGGGAAGACGGCACAGCACAAUCUUUAAGGUGCCUUCUGCAUCGUCAGAAAUACUGUUUUAGAUGUAUUUGUUGUUACUAUAUUUAUUUGAAAACUCCAUCUUUGUUCAUGACUUAGUGCAUUAACUUAGUUUAAUAAUGUCACAGAAAUCUACUGAAUAGUAUAACCACUCGUACUUUGUGGGGAGAGUCUGCAGGAGAAUUCUUUCAAUAACAAAAGGCAAAUUACAAAAGAUGAAAAUGAAAAAAUGAAUGCAAAAUACAAGAUACCAAAAAUUUAAAAAUUCCCAUUUUUAAUAAUUAUAUUACUAUUUUAUAAUGUAUAAUAAAGGGGUCCUACUCUGUUGAUUUUUCUCCACUUAAUCUGUGGUCUUGUUAAAUCUUAAGGGGUGGGGCCAGCGAGAUAGCUCAGUGGUCUAAAGCACUUGCUUAGGUGAGCUUAGGCAAAAGCGCAAGGAC